GCCUUGCCUGGUCAAACUUUUGAGUUGCGCUUAGGGCACGCAAGGUCACGAGUGAUUCCGCUUCUGGCUUUGAACAAAGCAUGGCUAUCAAGGCUUAUCCAAAGAUGGAUUGGCGUCUCACUGAGCUAGUAGAUUCACCUGGGUCUCCUAAGGUAUCGUUCUCGAGUGCUGGCUCCCCUUCAUGUCCUGCGGCCGACCCUUCCGCAUCCGCCGUAUGAACCUCAUGGGAAGAAGCAGAAUGCAAAAGCCCAACAGCACGAGACGUCGAGAUAUCGUCGCUCAGAAAAUAAGCUCACGACUGGGCAGACUACGGAUCUCCGCACCCGUAUCGGAGCAGCCGCCUGUCCCAGUUCAUUUUGAUCGGCCCACGCAGCCCCCAGCAGCACAACUGAUCACGAAGCUACCGGUUGAGUUGAUCAAACACAUUAUCAGCCACUUGGACGAUGUGAGCAAGGCCCUGCUCUCCCAAGUAUCCAAAUUAUUUGAAGUCUUGCUCUCGUUCACAUACCCCGUCGAAAAAUGGCCAAAAGCAGAUAGGUCUCGGUUCCUCGCAUGUCUCACUCACGACAAAGCCGACAGGUGGGUGUGCGAAGAUUGUAUGAGAUCCCAUGCCGUCAACUUCCUCGACCUGCGUCACCAGCCUGAACUCUGCAAUUGCCCGUGGCUGCGCAGGCGCAGUUUUAGCAUCGGUGCUUUCGAUCUUCAGCGUUUGUGGCCGCCUCUCGUAGAUGGACGGCAUGUCCAGCUGGCGUUGAAGUAUGUGAGACUACGGCCAGCCCUCUCAACGCAACAAGAGCAUCAUCUAUCGCGGCUCCUGUCCUCAUUUAUGGGCUGCAUGCGUGCAAGCUCCCCCGGACGGCCGACACACUCCUACAAAUAUCAGCUGUUUCCCAGAAUUGUCCACUCGAGAUUCAUGCUCAAGGUGGUCUAUGAGUUUCCCCCCUGCACUUCCCGAUGCCUCACAUCCUCUGAACGCCUGGAAAUGGCUGAGGAUGAGGCUUUUGUGUUGAACAUUUGCCCUCAUCAAAGCCUCAUGCGUUCCGUGCAACAACGUUACAUCUGCGCGCGGCAACACGAAGUAGGGCCCCCUCCAACAAGGAGCCACAGGAUGUGGCACCGGGGGUGGGAACGAGACGUUCGGUAUUUUGUUCACCAUUCAAGUGACAGCUGCUGAAGGUGUGCAUGGUGGCUGUCCCUUCUGCGCGGCCGACUUUGUCGUCAGCAGCACGCAGACGGCGAUGACCGUCCAGGCCUGGUACGAUUGUGGUGGCGAAGGCCGAGUUGGUACGCGCGUGCGACCAGUCAAACGCAGCUGCUUGGGGGCGCCAGACAUCGACGAGCAUUUAAAGGAUCAACUGUUGACGCACCGCGAUGUGCGCCAGAUGUAUGAGACGGGGAAGCCUGGUUUGUUCCACCAACGACUCUUUGCUCUUGCGUAAGGAAAUGGUCGAGCCACGAUAUUGCCGUGCCAAACAUCUCGACAAUGGAAUAAUAAUGCGUUCCUGGCCAGGAACGGUGGGGGUAUAUUCAUAUUUAAUAGUCAACCGACGGAACUGA